AUGAUGACGACGUGCCGUUUGCUGUGCGCCCUGUUGGUGCUUGCCCUGUGCUGCUGCCCGUCCGUGUGCGCGACAGAUUCUACGGAGGCCACUGAAGGUCAAGCUGUUACUGGGGUUGAAGAUGUAGAAGAACCCACCAGCUUGAGUUCUUUGUCCUCUGAGUCGCAAGUGGAGGACGAACCCGAUGAGGAACCGGGUUCAGGUACGGGUUCCGGUGAGGACAGGGGAAAAAACGUGCCAGUGCCCCUAGUUUCUUCCGGUGCCGUAAUGCAAUCAAAUGAGGCGAAAAUGCCGGUACAGACAGGAGAUAAGAAAGGCACGACAGAAGAUAAAAAUGAUACGAAAGCGCCAAAGUCGCGAAGUAAGGGGUCCACUGCGGAACAGGGAAAAGCUGACGUAGGUGGUGGAAAAGGUUUGACAGCUCCGGAACGGCAGUCAGGCGAUGUUAUCGAUACGGUACACUCAGAUGAUAGGAGUACGACAGGUCCACAGAGCCGCACGAGUACUUCCGCAGACCAAACAGAUCAAGAUGCCAACGAUGCUGCCGCGACGACCACGACGACUACGACGACAAAGGCACCAACAACAACCACCACCACUGCGCCAGAGGCACCAAGUACUACGACUACAGAGGCGCCAACCACGACGACGACCACCCGCGCACCGUCACGUCUUCGCGAAAUCGACGGCAGCCUCAGCAGCUCUGCGUGGGUGUGUGCCCCGCUGCUGCUUGCCGCAUCCGCGCUGGCGUACACCGCUCUGGGCUGA